UAACUGCAUUGUAACCUUUCACUUUUGACCCUUGAGACGUCACACCACAUGGAUGGCGGGUUAUCUGUAGAUUAAGUUUGUGUAUUGCAAAAAAUGGGAUACAGCCACUGUUAUUAAGUAUAAUAGACUGUUCGGGAAUAAAAUUGUAGUUCUUUGCCAGGAUGCCAUCCGUACAAAACCCAUCUACUCAAGCAGCAGCAAUGCAAGAAGCUGUGGAAAACUCAGGGAGACUAAUAGACCGCCACAUUCGAGAUGAUCGCUGUUACCCAGAUUUGUCAGAUCUCCUUGGUGUUCCUUCUCACAACAACCCAACCAUCUCUGGGAUAAUGGAUAUGGAUUAUCCACUGCAGGGACAAGGUCUAACUGCUCUUCCAAACCUGCCUGAGAUCAGCCCUGUUCAUCGAAUACCUCUUCCUCCAGAGCUGGUGGAACAGUUUAGUCACAUGCAGUGCAACUGUAUGAUGGGUGUAUUUCCUGCUGUCAGCAGAGCUUGGCUAACCAUAGACAGUCAUAUCUAUAUGUGGAAUUAUGAAGAUGGUGGUGAUCUUGCAUACUUUGAUGGUCUCAGUGAAACAAUACUUUCUGUGGGACUUGUAGAGCCUAAACCAGGUAUUUUCAAACCUCACAUUUGCUAUCUGCUGGUUUUAGCAACGCCUGUUGAAAUAGUAAUUCUCGGAGUCAGUUUCCUUAGUUUGCAAGCAGGCUCAACAAACCUUAAUGACAGCAUGUCUGGAGGAAUGCAGCUGCUCCCAGAUCCCCUUUAUUCUAUUUCUACAGACAACACGUAUCUGCUUUCUGUCACCUCUACUGCCAAGGGGCGCAUUUUCUUAGCUGGCAAAGAUGGCUGCUUGUAUGAAGUUGUGUACCAGGCUGAGGCAGGCUGGUUUAGCCCACGGUGUAGAAAGAUUAAUCAUUCCAGGAGUACCUUGUCCUUCCUGAUUCCAUCUGUACUGCAGUUCACAUUCUCUGAAGAUGAUCCAGUAGUCCAGAUUGCGAUUGACAACUCCAGAAACAUUUUGUAUACCAGAUCAGAUAAAGGUGUUAUACAGGUGUAUGACCUUGGACAAGAUGGGAAUGGUAUGAGCAGAGUUGCUGCAUUAUCUCUAAAUAACAUUGUUUCUGCUGCAGGGAAUAUUACCAGAACUAUAGAUCGCAAUGUCUUUAAACCAAUCAUUCAGAUAGCAGUGAUUGAGAAGUCUGAAUCCAUAGAUUGCCAUUUGCUGGCAGUAACUCAUGCAGGUGUUCGCCUGUACUUCACCACCGCUCCUUUCAAGCAGCCACUGGCACGUCCUUGCAUGUUAACUCUGGUUCAUGUGCGACUACCACCAGGAUUCUCUGCCUCUUCAACUGUGCAGAAACCAUCCAAAGUUCACAAAGCUUUGUAUGAUAGAGGUGUCUUACUGAUGACGGCUUCAGAAAAUGAAGAUAGUGACAUUCUUUGGUGCAUCAGCCACGACUCCUUCCCUUUCCAGAGACCAAUAAUGGAGACGCAGAUGACUACAAAUUUUGAAGGGCAUUCCUGGGCCUUGUCUGCAGUAGAAGAUUACAAAGUGGUAAAAAUAGUUACACCUUUAAAUAAGGACAGCAUCCCUGUGACAGACUCCCCAAUCCUGGUAUACCAGCAUAGGGUGCCGCCAAGGAAAUUUGUCCUCCUUUCUGCUCAGGGCAGUUUCUUAUUUCAUAAAUUGCGUCCUGUAGAUCAGCUGCGACAUCUCCUUGUCACAACUGGUGGUGGUGAUGGAGAAGAAAUUGAGAGAUUUUUCAAACUUCAUCGGGAGGAUCAGGCAUGUGCAACUUGUUUGAUUUUGGCAUGUUCGUCAGCUGCAUAUGACAGGGAGGUAGCAAGCUGGGCUACCAGAUCAUUUUUCAGGUAUGGUGGUGAGGCACAAAUGCGAUUUCCCUCUGCACUACCGUCUUCCAGUGGUGUUGGCACUAUUUUGAGCUCUCCUGUUCCAGGCACUCCACUUCCUGUUGGUAGUCCCCUACCUACUCCAAGCUUUCUGGGAACCCCAUUGCAAGAGUGCUGCCCCCCUGACAUCUCAGAUGCUCAGCAAGGAUGUCUUACUCCAGCAUCUAGAAUUUGUGCAGAACCUCCUCAAGUUCCUGGGAUUCUCUCCUCCGAGUAUGUUUUUGUGCCGAAGCAUCGUGGCUUGUGUGUUUAUUAUUGCAGACUGGUCUGGAACAUGUGGGAUGGAAGCAUAGCAACAGAAGCUACAUUUAAAACCGGAGAUAAACAGAUCAUUGCAAUUGAAAGCAGUGUUUCAUCUCAAGUUCUGGAGUCAACACUGCAUGAUUUGAAAGGUUUACAGGAAUUCCUUGACAGAAAUUCCCAAUUUACAACUGGUAUAUUUGGAAACCCAAGCACUUUCACAACACCAGCUAACCUACAGCAAAGACUUCUAGGUUUCAUGCGCCCUGAUGGAAGUUCACAACAAGUUCAGCAGGAGCUGCAGCGAAAGUACCAAAUUGAAGCCCAGUCCUAUGAAAAACUUUCACUUCAGGGAAUCCAGCACCUCGUUCAUAGAAGCUGUCAGACUCUGGCACUUUGGAAACUACUGUGUGAUCAUCAAUUCCAUGUUAUCGUAGGAGACCUACAAAAGGAAUAUCAGGAGCAACUGAAGAUAACAAGCUUUAAAGACUUUGUCAUUCGAGGAAAGGAAUUGAUAGGAGCACUCAUCACUGCUCUUAUUAACCGUUACAUUGGUGACAAUGCGUCAGUGGAUGCCAUUUGUGCCCAUCUUCGGGAUGUCUGUCCAGCACUGUAUAGUAAUGAUGAUGCUGUUUGCUCAAAGGCUAAUGAGCUGCUUCAGAGAUCUCGACAAGUUCCCAACAAAAUGGAGAGAGAGAAGAUGCAGAGAGACUCCCUGCAGUUGUACCAGAGUAUUAGCCAUCAGGCAGAUCUUGCUACAGUGAGUGCACAGUACAGACAAGUGCGAUUUUACGAAGGUGUGGUAGAGCUUUGUCUCACUGCUGCAGAGAAGAAGGAUCCUCAGCAUCUUGGACUUCACUUUUACAAAAAUGGAGAGCCAGAAGAUGAUACUGUGGGACAGCAGGCAUUUCAGGAGAGAUUAAGUUCGUAUAAGUGCAUAACGGAUACCCUUCAGGAGUUGGUUAACCAGAGCAAAGCUGCUCCCCAAUCUCCUGGUGUGCCAAAAUUACCAGGUCCUCCAGUGAUGUCUUCAGAUCCCAACAUGCUGAGUAAUGAGGAGGCUGGGCGCCAUUUUGAACAGGUUCUAAAACUAGCUCAACGGUCAAGAGAUGAACUGUUUAACAUCGCUCUCUACAACUGGCUGAUUCAGGCAGACCUUACAGAUAAGUUAUUAGAGAUAAACUCUCCAUUUCUUGAGCCGUACUUGGAACGAAUGGCAAAGCUAGACCAAAACAAAGUUCGCUACAUGGAUCUUUUGUGGAGAUACUUUGAGAAGAACAAAAGUUUUGGUAGUGCUGCAAGGGUACUGGCCAAACUGGCAGAUAUGCACAGUACUGAAAUCUCACUUCAACAGCGCCUUGAGUACAUCUCUCGUGCCAUCCUCAGUGCCAAAAGUUCUACUGCUGUGUCAUCACAAGCUUCAGAUGGUGAAUUUUUGCAUGAGUUGGAGGAAAAAAUGGAGGUUGGCAGAAUACAGCUGCAGAUUCUUGAGGAUUUGGAGAGGCAUUAUUCUGAACACCCUUCGGUGCAAGAUGCUAUUUCUCAACUGAAUUCUGAAAUGAUGGACAUCACAAAGCUCUAUGGAGAAUUUGCAGACCCAUUUAGGCUCGCAGAAUGCAAACUGGCAAUUAUACACUGUGCAGGUCAUUCAGACCCCAUCUUGGUGCAGAACUUGUGGCAAGAAAUCAUUGAGAAGGAACUAAAUACUAAUAGAAAUGCAAGUCCUGGUGAUCAAAUGCAAAUUCUUUAUUCAAAGCUGGUGUUGCUUGGAAAGUUGUAUGCAGGGACAACUCAUUUCUUUCCUCUGCAGUUCCUGGUGCAGUUCCUUGAACAAAAGGUGUGCACACUUGACUGGCGUGUGGGAUUUGUAACAUCUCUGAUGCAGGAAAUUGGUGUAUCAGUUCCAGAAUUACUAGAAGUGUAUGACCAUCUGUUUAAAAUACGGGAUCCAUGCUGGAAAAGGCUUAAAAGACCCUUGCACAUUUUAGACUGUAUCCAUUUUCUGUUGUCUGGAUUUGUACAAGAUCCCAGCAGCGUUCCAAAAUCCAGAAGAAGACAGUUUAUCUCUCUCUGCCUUGAUGCUGUUUGCAAAUACCUUGUUGAUCUUCAGUCCAUGAGCCUAACUUCAACAGAGCAGACCACUGUUAGAAAUUUUAAAUCUUUACAAACAAAACUAGACCGUCUGCAACAGUGAACAAGAGAUGUGCAUUAUGUGUGAAGAGAAGUACAGACUUUUUAAGUCUGCAACAAACUUCAGUGGACUUUAUUUCGAACUUUGUGGUGUCACAUCAGUACUGAGACACCUGCACUGUAACGUACUCAGUAUUUUAUAGAUGGAAUCUAUCAAACAGCACUGCCACGUGUAUGUUUACUGGAAAAUAAAGAAUUGAGUAAUCAAAAUGAAGUGUAGAAACUAAGGACUGUUGUAUCAAAUCAGCAAACUCAUCUAUUCACUGUCUGAAAAAUCUGAUUUCCAGAAGAACAUGAAGCUUAGUUUUUGCAUAGUGUUUAUUUAUAAAUAAAAUGUUUUUAUACUGCCCUGACUGAAUCAUCUUGAACAGUGAGCUAGUGUUCUGCUGACUUCAUGGUAUCUGAUUUUAGCUUCCAUUUGUCAGCAUGAAAAACUUGUACAGGUGAAUAUGGCAAUGGCAGGGAUGUUCAUUAGAUUGUAAGAGUGAUGACCUGCUAGUGAUAUAAUGCAACAAAAUUGGGUAUCUGCAAAUGUAAAGGUUGUACAGUUUUAUAAUACUGGUGGCACAAAAGAAAUAUUUUUAAUCGCAGCUCAUAACCAUUUGUUGAGCAUUUUGUUUUGUUAAUAUGACUUUAUAAGCAAAAUGCCAAUAAAAUUAUUUAUAGUGUA